AUGACCGGUUCCCCACCUCCCCCAAAGGCAGAAGCUAACAUGCAGAUUGUCCCAGAACUUGAGAGCCUAAACAGAUCCGUUUGCAGAGCCCACAGUUCUCGUCGCACCGCCUCCCUCGUUCUCCCCUGCUUCUCCGGUGCAACCCCGCCCGUUGACGAUGAGCCUCGACUCGUCGGAGAAGCUGCUCGGUCAGACCGCCACAACCGCUCCUCCGGCCAUCCCUUUUGUGGAAAAUCCCAGCAGGACCAUGAAGGAGAUGAUACUGACGGCGGCCGCCAUCACACGUCCGUCGGCGAACCUGGGCCCGAAGAGAAGCGGGGGAUAUGGAGCUGGAAGCCGAUUCGUGCCUUGGCCCGCAUCACCAUGCAUAGGUUGUUAUGCCUGUUCUCCGUCGAGGUCAUUGCGAUCCACCACCUGCCUGUCUCGGUGGACGGGCUGCGUCUCUCGGUUGUCGUCCGCAAGAAGGAGACCAGGGACGGCGCUGUGAAGACGAUGCCCUCCCGGGCGCUGCAAGGGACUGCUGACUUCCAGGAGACUUUGUUCAUCCCAUCCCACCUCUACUGCAGCGGUGGUGCGGGCACAGGGAAGCCCCUCAAGUUCGAGUCCCGCCUGUUCCUAAUCUCAACAGUGGCAGUUGAUGCUCCUCAGCUUGAUCUCGGAACGAGCAUUGUUGACUUGAGCUUAAUGGUCAAAGAGUCCAUUCAGAAGAACUUGGAGGGACAACGUAUCCGGCAAUGGGGGAAGGACUUCCCGCUCUCAGGGAAGGCUAAAGGGGGAGAAAUGGUUCUCAAGUUGGCAUUCCAAAUCAUGGACGAUGGAGGUUUUGGGAUUUAUAACCAGGCAGAGACAAUAAGAACAAACAGGGAGAAGGAUCCCGAUUUUGUUGUCUCAUGGAAACAACCAAGAUCUUCUUUCAGUGAUGCAAACCCAAGAACAAUGAUAGAAGACCCAUCUCUCAUACCUUCAGACGACAAUACUUCCAUGAGAAGAUCGGCGGCAACUGACGAGCUCGCCCUUCAGGGUCAUGAUCUCAAUCCUCCAGUCUCUCCGGUACUGCAAAAGACUAAGUCAGACCGUCUGGAAGUAGGUGAUGACCUUCCAAACUACGAAGUUAUCGAUAAGGGAAUAGAGAUUCAAGAAGAAAGACAGAACGAGGAGGAAAUGACAUCAGAGGCUACCACAAAAGAGGCAUCAGUUUCGAGCGAGGUCGUAAAACAGGUGGUGCACCGCCGUGCUCAACAGAGGAGGCUAAAAGAGCUUCGUCCAGUUACUAGAGAGUUCGAAGCUCUUGACUCCGUGGUGACGGAGGAUGUUGUCGGUCUGGCAAAGACAACUCAAGAACACAAACUCCAGAGAUUGGAUCCCGAGGAGGAAGCGGUGAUAAAGGAGUUCCUUCGAUUUCUCGAGUUUGAAGACAGUGAAGGGUCGAAAUGUGAUGUCGUGGACCUCAUUACUUGCUCAAAUUUGGGAUCAAAAGAGGAUGCCAGGAAUGAUGGGGAAAGCGUUCUCCUUUCAGAUCUUGGAAAAAGCUUAGGCCCUGUAGUUCAGACAAGGAACGGAGGCUACUUAGCUUCCAUGAAUCCCUGCAAUGUGCCGGCGCCAAGAAAAGAGACGCCGAAACUUGCCAUGCAGAUUUCUAGAGAGUUAAUCCUCGAGGAAAAGAACCUGGAAAGUGAGUUUGAAGUGUUCCGAAAGCUGGCUGCGAUGGGAUCAGAAAAGAUGGGUUCCAAAAUACUCUCCCUGGCAGCCAUGGACGAACUGUUUGGCAAAACAGCAGGGCAGAUCGCGAUUGAGGGAGUUGCGUCCGCCAUAAUAAGCGGCAGGAACAAGGAAGGAGCAAGCUCCAGUGCGGCCAGGACAAUCACAACAGUUAAGAAGAUGGCAGCAGCAAUGAACGAGGGAAGGAAGGAGAGAAUCUCGACAGGAAUCUGGAAUGCGAACGAGAAACCAGUCACUGUGGACGAGAUCUUGAGCUUGUCAUUGCAGAAGAUGGAGGCCAUGGCAGUUGACGCACUCAAAAUCCAGGUAGAGAUGACAGAAGAAGAAGAAGAAGCUCACUUCGAUGCUGCCCCUCUUAUGGAAUCUAAUGACUCCAGCAACCCACUGGAAUCGGCCAUUUCACCUGAGGAUUGGUCCAGAGCCUGCAGUGCAAAGGAUAAUGUCAUGAUGUUAGUGGUGGUUCAGCUGAGAGAUCCAUCAAGGAGUUAUGAAGCAGUCGGAGCUCCCAUGAUAGUUGUGGUGAAAGCGGUAGCAUCGGAUGAUGGACAAGGAAACAACGAUAGGAGGUUUAAGUUGACGAGUCUUCAUGUAGGAGGUCUUAAGUUGAGCUCCAACAGAAAGAGUGUAGGCGACGGGGAGAAGCAGAGAUCGACUGCCAUGCAAUGGCUUGCAGAGAACGGGCUGGCGAAGGCAGGGAGAAGAACAAAGCGGACGCAAGCAAAGAGGAGCCAAGAUGUGGUCUGGAGCAUAUCUUCGAGGUGCUCAGCGGGCAUAUGGCUCUUGCCUGUUCGCAACCCAAAUGUGAAGGCUCUGAGCAAUAAUUUAUAGGUACUUGUCGUGAUUCCAUUGACAUAUGUAUGCUCUCUUUAAGAUUAAUGUAGUAAUAUGAUCAGAGCCCACUGCUCAAGAGAAUCACAGUUUCUGAUAUUGAAAAAAAAAAGGAAAAAAACUAAGCAAAGAUGAAAACAAGGUUGGAUGAUUGUUCGCAGGUAUUGAAGACCGAAUAAAAUGGACAAUUUUUAGGAUAUUA